AUGCAGCACAUUUUUGCCUUCUUCUGCACCAGUUUCCUAGGGGCGGUGUUAGGGGCCAAUUUCCCCAACAAUAUCCAGAUAGGGGGGUUAUUUCCUAAUCAACAGUCCCAGGAACAUGCGGCUUUUAGGUUUGCAUUGUCUCAGCUCACAGAACCCCCUAAGCUCCUUCCUCAGAUCGACAUUGUGAACAUCAGUGACAGCUUUGAAAUGACAUACACCUUCUGCUCGCAGUUCUCCAAGGGUGUCUACGCCAUCUUUGGAUUUUAUGAAAGGAGGACGGUCAACAUGCUCACGUCUUUCUGCGGGGCUCUCCACGUCUGCUUCAUAACACCAAGCUUCCCAGUCGAAACCUCCAACCAGUUUGUUCUGCAGCUUCGCCCAGAGCUCCAGGAUGCCCUCAUCAGUGUCAUUGAGCACUACAGCUGGCAGAAGUUUGUGUACAUUUAUGAUGCAGAUCGGGGGUUGUCAGUCCUACAGAAAGUGCUGGACACCGCAGCCGAGAAGAACUGGCAGGUGACAGCUGUCAACAUCCUGACAACAACAGAAGAGGGCUACCGUGUGCUGUUCCAGGAGCUGGAGAAGAAGAAGGAAAGGCUGGUGGUGGUGGACUGUGAAACUGAGCGACUGAACAUCAUCCUUAGCAAGAUCAUCAAGCUUGAAAAAAAUGGGAAUGGGUACCACUACAUACUGGCAAAUAUGGGAUUCAUGGAUAUUGACCUGACCAAAUUCAAAGAGAGUGGAGCCAACGUAACUGGCUUCCAGUUGGUGAAUUACACGGAUACUGUUCCUGCCAGGAUCAUGCAGCAGUGGAGGAAUAACGAUGCUAGGGAGCAUCCUCGUGUGGACUGGAAGAGGCCAAAGUACACAUCAGCUCUAACAUACGAUGGGGUCCGGGUGAUGGCUGAAGCGUUCCAGAACCUUCGGAGGCAGCGAAUCGACAUCUCCCGUCGUGGCAACGCCGGGGACUGCCUCGCCAAUCCAGCUGUGCCCUGGGGACAGGGCAUCGACAUCCAGAGAGCACUGCAGCAGGUCCGUUUUGAAGGACUGUCUGGCAAUGUUCAGUUUAACGAGAAGGGGCGGAGGACCAACUACACCCUCCAUGUGAUUGAGAUGAAACAUGAUGGAAUCAGAAAGAUUGGUUACUGGAAUGAAGAUGAGAAGUUGGUUCCUGUAGCUGUAGAUACUCAGAGCGGCAAUGAGUCUACGAGCCUCCAGAACAGGACUUACAUAGUCACAACUAUCUUAGAAGACCCAUAUGUGAUGCUCAAGAAGAAUGCCAACCAGUUUGAAGGCAAUGAGAGGUAUGAAGGCUACUGUGUGGAGCUCGCUGCUGAGAUUGCGAAGCAUGUAGGCUACCACUACAGGCUGGAGAUUGUCAGAGAUGGGAAGUAUGGAGCCCGGGACCCGGACACCAAAACGUGGAACGGCAUGGUGGGAGAACUUGUUUAUGGGAGGGCUGAUGUGGCUGUGGCACCAUUAACCAUCACUCUGGUUCGAGAAGAAGUUAUAGACUUUUCCAAACCGUUCAUGAGUUUAGGGAUCUCCAUCAUGAUAAAAAAACCUCAAAAGUCCAAACCGGGAGUUUUUUCCUUUCUGGAUCCUUUGGCCUAUGAGAUAUGGAUGUGCAUUGUUUUUGCCUACAUUGGAGUGAGCGUCGUUCUCUUCCUGGUGAGUCGCUUCAGUCCUUAUGAGUGGCACACUGAGGAAUUCGAGGAAGGACGGGACCAGCCAGCCAAUGACCAGACAAAUGAGUUUGGGAUAUUCAACAGUCUCUGGUUUUCCCUAGGAGCUUUCAUGCAGCAAGGAUGUGAUAUUUCUCCAAGGUCUCUCUCCGGCCGCAUAGUUGGUGGCGUCUGGUGGUUCUUCACCUUGAUCAUCAUAUCCUCCUACACAGCUAACCUGGCUGCCUUCCUCACCGUGGAAAGGAUGGUUUCUCCCAUCGAGAGUGCAGAGGACUUGGCCAAGCAGACAGAAAUCGCCUAUGGAACCCUGGAAGCUGGCUCCACUAAAGAAUUUUUUAGGCGAUCCAAAAUAGCCGUGUUUGAGAAGAUGUGGACGUACAUGAAGUCAGCCGAACCCUCCGUUUUUGUGAGGACGACAGAAGAGGGGAUGAUCCGGGUGAGGAAGUCGAAAGGGAAGUAUGCCUACCUCUUGGAGUCCACCAUGAACGAGUACAUCGAGCAGCGGAAGCCCUGUGACACCAUGAAAGUGGGAGGUAACUUGGACUCCAAAGGCUAUGGCAUUGCAACGCCAAAGGGGUCUGCACUGAGAAACCCAGUAAACCUGGCAGUGUUAAAACUGAACGAGCAGGGGCUUUUGGACAAAUUGAAAAACAAAUGGUGGUACGACAAGGGCGAGUGCGGCAGCGGGGGAGGUGAUUCCAAGGACAAGACAAGUGCGCUGAGUCUCAGCAACGUGGCGGGGGUUUUCUAUAUCCUCAUCGGUGGGCUCGGACUAGCCAUGCUGGUUGCCUUAAUCGAGUUUUGUUACAAGUCCAGAAGUGAAUCAAAGCGGAUGAAGGGUUUUUGUUUAAUCCCACAGCAAUCAAUCAAUGAAGCCAUACGGACAUCAACCCUUCCCAGGCCGGCUGCAGCAGGAGGCAGUGGAGAAAACGGACGUGUGGUCAGCCACGAUUUCCCCAAGUCCAUGCAGACGAUCCCGUGCAUGAGCCACAGCACCGGCAUGUCCCUGGGAGCUACGGGAUUAUAA